AUGUCCUUUAACGAUUUGGAAAGAGGUACGGGAUCUCCUUCCAGCGAUGACAUACGAUAUAAGAACCUAAGCAAAAAUAUAUCCCAACAGGUUUUUAAUAUUACGAGUAAUGUGGCUAAUAUACAGAGGCUUGUUUCGCAUCUGGGAACAACGAAAGAUACACCAGAAUUGAGAACAAAAUUACAUACAAUAACUGAGAGAACGCGUGAAUUAGUAAAGGAGACAAGUGGUAAUAUUAAACAAUUAUCUCAUUUUCAAAGUACAAGCGGGCAAAAUCGUAAACUUGAGCAGCAAAAACUCUCUAAGGACUUUCAAAAGACAUUAGUAGAAUUCCAAAGAGUCCAACGGCUCUCCGCAGAAAAACAACGAGAAUAUGUUGAUAAAGCGAAAGCUCAUAAUGUCCGAAAUGAUAUUUAUGAGGAAGAUUCCGGUGUUGCUGAAGAACAACCUUUAAUUGAUGACAGCCAAAGACACAAACUUCAAGUAUUGGACAAUGAAAUUGAGUACAAUGAAUCUUUGAUCGCUGAACGCGAGGGAGAGAUCAGAGAAAUCGAACAAGGAAUUAACGAGUUGAAUGAAAUAUUCAGAGAUUUGGGAACUUUGGUAACGGAGCAACAGUCUAUGUUAGAUAAUAUUGAAAGUAACGUAACAAACAUUGCUGUUAAUGUCCGAAAUGCAACUGAUGAAUUGACUGUUGCAAGUCGUUAUCAGAAGAAAGCUCGUAAGAACAUGUGUUGUUUGUUGCUUAUUUUUACAAUCGUUGGUCUGGUAGUGGUAUUGGCUGCCUUGGCUUAA